CGUAGUAAUGAGAUUUCUAUAGACUCAUGUCAUAUGGGGAAACUGUCAGAAACAUAAAAAUACUUCAUUGUAAUACUCUGUCACCUCGGUCUUGCUGUCCUCUCUGCGCCACUGCAAAGCCCUGCCUGCCUAGCAUUCUGAAAACUGUCCUCAGUGAAGGGGGCAGCCUUUUUGCUGUAGCCCUUCACUGAGCGAGUGUGCUGCGGACCAGGGGUUGGGCACCCUUGCCUUAAAGGACAAAAUAGGGCAUUAAAAUACUGACUGUGGACUACUGCAGACUAGACAAGGUCUCCUCUUCACAAUAGAAACUUAUUUCUGUGUUUGCUAACCUAAACUUUAAAUGUAAGCUUCUGGCCAUUUACUGCAUACCUUUUCAACAUUUUAGGUCAUUUAUCGCAUUUCAGCUGAUUAAAUUUAAAGAAAAACUGAAGAAACUGAGGUGUUCUAAAACUUUUGACCGCACUGUAUCAAAGGAGCAAGUUAGUGGACCUCAGAUAAUGUCAGUCGCACUCUGUUUGUGUAAUGUCAGAAGAAGCCAUGUAAAGAUCAUACAGAAAAUAGACCAAAGUGCCAAAUCUGCAAGGUAUAAAAAAUUUAAAAUCUAAUAUUGUGCCUGACUUGCACUUGCGUCUUCCUGGAUAGUCUGUUUUGCCCUGCUGCCCUAUAAUGGAAAAAGCAGGUCUCUAUCUUCAUUUUCUACCUGAUGUUUAGAGUGUUUUUCCUUCUUUUUAAAUUCCUCCAAGUAUUUUGUAUUGACAGUCAACCAGCCCUGCAGUUAGGUGACUCCAAAUUAAUAGUCACAAAUCAGCAGGUCAGCUGACUUUUAUGUGCCCAGCUGUGGCAAAAUCUUCUCUUAUUAGAACAUUUGGAUCUGAUGGGGAACCACCCUAAAAUGAAGUAGGCAACUAGGGAUGAGAGUAUGAAGAUGUCACCUAUAGCGACUGAGGAAAACCUUUGAGUCCUAAUGCUGUUCCUUGAGCAAGGAAUUUUCCCCACUUUAUCCACAUUUCUGCAAGUAGGAAUUUAGGCUUGGGGAUAUCAUCUGUAUAAAUAUUUAAAGUGUUUACAUUACUCAGAUUUUUUCACACAUCCACUAUGUGUCUAAAUGCAUCUUACACCCGAUUUAAAUGCAACUGAACAAUUGUCUGGUAAGUUAUACAUCCUGAACUGGUAUGUUGACAGACGAUGAAUGUCAGUUUAUUUAAAGGAUUUCAAACAUCUCAACUGAAAAUGCCCUAUAGAAAUGUCAGGCACCUUUCAAAUUAUCUCUCCAUCCAUUCAUUAAUUUUCUGCACCUUCGUUUUUCCAUUACAAAGUCACAGGCAACUAGGUUGACAUCGCAACAGUGCUCCCUCCCCUGUGUUAGACUAAUUUAGUAUUUGUAAUUACCCUGAUAUGCAGCUCUUUGAAAUACAGGAAGAAUCCCACACACCAAGCAUUUUGAAGAACCCUGUUGUGUGUUUAUUUUUGUGUUAGCUGCACUUAUUGAAGGCCAGCCUUUUACAAUUUGAGGUGUACAGAUGUCCAGUGAAUGUGGAUGUGCACAAAGCAAAAUAUUCUGUAUAAAACAAAUUAAGAUUCAUAAUUAUUCUAAUCUAAACAGAGUGGUGUAUUUCCACAUGGAGGACAGUAAGUAGGCAUCUAAAAAAUAUUCUGCCCACUUUCCCAACAUGUGUGUCCGCAGACUUUGACACUUCACUAUAGGUUCACAAAUGCACAGCCACACACAGUCAAAACAAAUGGAAUCUAAAAAAAAACACUAAGCAGAUAUUCAUUGCAUUAAAAAAUGUAAAAGUAGAAAAUAGGUAAGUAUGCGGAUUAGAUGUGUGCACAUUCUCUGUAUGUUUGUUGCUAAAGCUGAUUUGAAGCUAUGAAGAUAAUAUCCACAAUGCCCUUUUAUUUCUGGUAUACUUUUUCAGUGUCAAAUUUCUGUUGGAAGUCACACUUGUGAGUCUUGGUUGAAGAAGAACUUUUCAUACCCAGUAGCUGUGAUAUUCUCUUUGUAUGGCUUCAAUAGCUGACAGUGACGAAUAACUGGUGGGACUCAACAAUUUCCGAAGGGGGCUGUAUCACAGUCAGAGAUACUUAAGAUGUGCAAAUACCAGGUCACUGAAGUUAAGACAUGGAUUUGGUUAAAAACACAGGAGCGGGUGCUCUUUCAGAGGAAGAUGUAAGAGAAGCAGGAUGAGCGGCCACCCUCUCUCUUCUCAGAUUGCUGGGUUGACACCUGUCUGGCCAGAGUUCAUUUCAAAUGAUGGUUUUGCUGAAAGUAGUGAGCUGCUGGAGUGUUUUUGAGUGUGUAUUUUUAGGGUGGCACAUCGCAAUGCUCACUCACCAUUGUCACACUGUGUAUGCCAACUCAGUCACCAUACCACCCGAUUUGCCCUCAGUCUCUGCAGAAGUGAUAGUGAACAGCACUGAAUGCAGCCACACUUGCGGCCUAGGUCUCCAGGUAGAUGUAGUGUGCACUAUUGCAAUGGACGGCAAACAUGAAAAGUGUGAAGAGAGGAAUGUGGAAUGCGUCAUCAACUGGGUGUGUGGCCUGACUAGCUUUACUGCCACAGUGGGCUCCCGGCAGGUGCUGGAUUGUGUAAGUAAUGUUAUCAACUUUUUUGGCAAAUUUAAAUUUAUCUUCACGUGGAGGUAUGCCCGUGGUAUUGUCACCACUGACGAUGCUUACUUCAAACGCUAUGAGACCAAAACAGUGGAGAAGCUGGUCCUCAAUCCUGUUAAGGAGACAGACGCAGGUACAUAUCGCUGUGAUGUUCAGUCCAGUUCUUACAAAAUGGUCCAAAGGGCCUAUUUUGCAGUCAAGGUGUUGCCUCCAAAUAUGGUGUAUCUGGACUAUGAUCAGUGGCUCAUAGCUUCACGGGAGAAGGAAAUCAAACAAUCAAGCCCCAAAUCAAUUUUUCCAUGGCGAAGAAAGGUCGUCAAGCCUACCUCAGAGCCUGACUUAAAUGAUCUCAAGUUAAAACUCGCCAUAUAUAGUCUGUGUGGAACAGUGGCAGGGGCAAUCUUUAUUUGUUUGGUCCUAGCUUGUGUCAACCGAGAUUUACCAGAUUCAAAAAAAAAUCAGAAAUGAUGUGAGGAAAUUGUUCCCUGGAAGGACUUUGACUUUACCAUUGGAAACAUUAAAAAGCAAGGAAACAGCUCUUUGUGCUGGGUGGAAUAAAACAACCAACUGUGGAACUAGGCCUGCAAAUUGAUGACUCCAAACAUAUUGAAUUUAUUAUUUUUGCACAAAUUAACAGAAAAAGUCUGAUAUCGGGAACUGCACUCUUCCGAGCACUUCGGGGCAUUUCCAUUCAUUCUAAGGGUGAAAGAUAUGGAAUAGCUAUUUAAACUAUCACAGGUACCUGAAGUUGCAUGGUACAUUCUUUGAGAUUCAAUCACUGGGUCGUCCAAUCAAGAAAUCUCCUUUGUGUGUUUACUAAAAAUUAAAAUAUUUAUGAUUAAUUCUUCAAUUGGUUCUGGUUCAAUGUGGCCAUAUGUGAGUACUUGCCAAGUACUAGUACCAAGCUAGCUACAAACACACACAAGCUAAAGUGUGACACAAAUGUUAAUUUGCUAUAAAAUACUUUACAAAUGAUUUGCUUGGGUCCUCAGUACCUGAUACAGUGGUGUGAAAAACUAUUU